AUGCGAGGCAAUGAUCCUCUUAGGGUGCAUCUCGCACAACCCAACGGGACACAUUCGUCUACCGCCGCUCAAGAUAAGCCAAUGACCAAUGGCAACAUCGCCUCGGAUGAGGGCAGGGCUGAUGUUGAGCCAAUUGCAAUCACCGGCAUGGGAAUGCGGCUUCCGGGAGGCAUUCGCGAUGCUGAAGGCUUCUGGGAUCUCCUAGUAAACGGCCGAAAUGGGCGCUGUCGGGUGCCAACUAAUCGCUACGCCGUCGACACGUGGUACGGACCGGGCCAGUCGCUCCAUGUUGGAACCAGACACGGCAAUUUCUUGCAAGAUUACAACCCAGCACAGGUCGACACCAGCUUCUGGUCCAUGUCAAAAGAGGAGGUGGAGACGAUGGAUCCAGAACAGAGGCUAUUGCUCGAGGUGGUGUAUGAGACUUUUGAGAGCUCCGGCUGGCGGGAGUUUCGCGGUGAAGAGGUUGGUGUGUACGUCGGCACCAUGGGGAAUGAUUGGGACAAGAUCGAGCUGCAGGACAGCCAGAACCUGGACCCGGUGCGCGCCGACAUAUAUGGCGACUACGUGAUGGCCAAUCGAGUGUCGUACGAGUUCAAUCUCAAAGGUCCUAGCAUCGUAUUGCGUACGGCGUGCUCAUCGUCGCUCUCGGCACUUCAUAUGGCAUGUCAGGAUAUACGGUCUGGAGAAUGCACGGCCGCCGUGGUCUGCGGAACCAACCUCAUCCUCACGCCCCGCGACACGGUCAUCAUGACAGAGCAGGGUGUCUUGUCUCCAUCCGGCUCGUCACGGUCGUUCGAUGCGGACGCGGACGGGUACGGGCGUGGAGAGGCCGUGAACGCAAUCCUCGUGAAGAAGUUGUCCGAUGCGGUCCGCGAUGGGGAUCCCAUUCGUGCUGUCAUCCGGAACACUUGUAUCUCGGGCGAUGGAAGAACCCCUGGACUGACAGUGCCGAACCCAUCCAGCCAUGAGAAGCUGAUCAGGAGGGCAUAUCGGGCCGCAGGUAUCAAAAACCUAUCGACAGUUGCGAUGAUCGAGUGCCACGGAACAGGAACUGCGGUUGGUGAUCCGAUUGAGAUCGAGGCAAUUGCCAAUAUCUGGGGCGAGAAAGGCAUUCAUAUUGGUUCAGUCAAGCCAAAUAUUGGACAUGGGGAAGGCGCAUCCGGGCUGUCAAGCGUCAUCAAGAUGGUUCUUGCCCUGGAACACUCGACAAUUCCACCUAACAUUAAUUUCAAGAAACCCAAUCCGAGAAUCCCGUGGGAGGAGGCGAAGCUCGUUGUCCCAACCAAGGCGACUCCCUGGCCGCCGGGUCGGUUGGAGCGAGUGUCUGUCAACAGCUUUGGCAUUGGAGGCGCAAAUGCUCAUGUUAUCCUCGAGUCACCCACGUGCGCCAACGUUGCGGCACAGCACUGCAACAACACUCCACCUCCGGACAUCCCUGGUCGGCACUUUUUGCUUCCCUUUUCUGCCACAAACCAGCAUUCGACAUUCAGUCAAGUGGAGAACGUCGGUAUUUACCUUUCCAGGAAUCCUGAAAAAUUACGAGAUACGGCCUACACUCUAGCCGCACACCGGGAAGCGCAUGUGUUUCGUGCGUUCUCGGUCAUACGACAUCCCGAUGAAGGAACCGAACCCCCAAAUAUCACCAAGCCCACACAGAAAAUACCGCCGUUAAUAUGGGUCUUUACGGGCCAAGGGGCGCAGUGGGCCCAGAUGGGCAAGGAACUCAUCGAGAAUGUACCCUUAGUGAGCCAGAGGCUGGAAGAGCUGCAAGGAUACCUCGAUGACCUCCCUGAACCUCCUUCAUGGACGCUAAAAGAAGCAAUGAUUGCGCCCCAGGGACAGAGCCGCCUAUAUGAGGCCGAGUUCUCCCAGCCCUGCCUUGCCGCCCUACAGAUCACCCUCGCGGACCUACUCCGCUCAUGGGGAAUCCAGCCAGCGGCAGUGGUGGGACACUCUUCUGGGGAGACAGGCGCUGGCUAUGCCGCCGGCGUCAUAAGUGCCAAGGACGCAAUGACUUUGGCCUAUCAUCGCGGUCAGAUCACGCCUCCGCUGAAGGCUGCUCACCGAGGCGGCAUGGCGGCUGUCGGUUUGGGCAAAGACCAAGUGGAACCGUAUUUGGAGCCGGGCGUGAUUGUUGGCUGCGAGAAUUCACCUUGCAGUGUUUCCCUUUCUGGCGACAUAGACGUUUUGCACCGAGUCAUGGUGAAUAUUAAAGAGGCGCAUCCGGAGGUGCUGUGCCGUGCCUUACAGGUCGAGUGCGGGUACCAUUCGCCACACAUGUUCGCCAUCAGGGAUAACUUCGACAAUAGGGUGGCUGGCGUGGCGCACGGCAAACCACCACAGGUGCCAUUCUAUUCCUCCGUGACUGGAAAACUGAACGCCGACUUCCCUCGCAAAUACUGGUCCACCAACAUGGUGUCUCCAGUUUUAUUUAGCACUGCGGUCGAGGCUUUGCUAUCGGAUUUCCCGAACGCAGCUUUCAUCGAGUUGGGCCCGCACUCAGCAAUGGCUGGUCCCUUACGCCAGAUUCUCCAGAAACACAAUCGGACAGCAGAGUACAUCCCUACACUCGUACGCAAUGUGGAUGGUCAUGUAUCGAUCCUCAAAGCUGCGGGUCAGCUUUGGGCGCAAGGAUUCGAGAUUGAUCUGAACAGAGUCAACGCCGCUGGUAAGCUCCUCACAGACUUGCCGACCUAUCCUUGGCAUUAUGACGCAGAGUAUUGGGUAGAAAGCAGGCUUUCCCGCGACUGGAGAUUGCGCCAAUUCGAUCACCAUGAACUGCUUGGCAGCCGAGUUCUGCAUACUGGCGAUGCCGUGCCCGCAUGGCGGUGCAAGCUUCGGGUAGAAGAUGUGCCAUGGCUGCGAGACCACAGCUUUGGAGGCGACAUUUUGCUUCCAGCAACCGCAUAUAUAACGAUGGCUGGUGAAGCCAUCCGCCAACUGACAAAUUCCAGGGACUACUCGGUCCGGAAUGUCAGGUUUCUCUCUCCCCUCAUGCUGGGUGACGAGGCCGUCGAAGUGAUCACCGCUUUGGUACCAGUGCCAGAAACACCCGACGAGGCAUCGCCGUGGUACAAUUUUUCAAUCUCUGCCUUGCAUGGAGAAAUUUGGACACGACUGGUCACAGGUCACUGUCGGGGUGGUGCUGCCUCCAAGUUGCCACAUCUGCAUACCCCGAAAACUCUCCCUCGUAAAAUGUCUCCGGACAUGUUCUACUAUACCUGCCAGCGAUGGGGUCUUACCUACGGUCCCAAGUUCCGCGGUCUUGCCGACAUAACAUCCCAAAUCGAACAAAGCAAAGCAGGGGCCACAGUUUCAGAUCUCAUUCCUACCUCACAACGUACGUCUUACUACGCGAUCCAUCCGACUACUCUAGAUUCGAGUCUUCACAUAUGCAUGGUGGCGGCUUGCCGAGGCCUCGAACGCAACUUCACGGUUGCCUCAGUGCCCAAAUCCAUUGACGAGAUGUACGUCGCUGAGAAGCGGGCCGGAUCUGUUCAAGUCGAAGGCGAGACAAGCGAGCAAUUGAAUGGCGGCUCCGUUGCCGACGUGAUUGGCGUCUCCAAUGGUAAACUUGUGUUCCAUCUACACGGCCUCCAGGUCACCCCUUUUGGACCGAACAAGACUGUGGAUGAUGACCCACAUGCCGGAGCUAUCAUUGAGUGGAAAGCCGACAUCGACUUUGUUGACCCUGCAAGGCUGUUUAGGCAUGUUGAUAGCGUACAACGAAUGCACAGGCUUGCGUUGGCAUGCCUUUUGGAGACUCGAUCCCAGUUAUCAGGACUGCAAAAUCACGGCCGACACUUGACGUCCUUCAAAGUGUGGCUCGACACAAUUCACAAGCGCGCUGUCAACGGCGCUUACCCCGGAGUGCUCGACUACCAUGAACUGGCUACGAUGAAGCCAGAUGCCCGCCGAUUCAUCAUCGACAACCUACUGGAUAUCUGUGAAAAGGAAAGUGGAGACUUCCGAGACCUCGCCAGUCGAAUUCACUGGGUACACUCCCACGCCAAAGCUUUCUUCGAGAUGAACGGUAUCUCGAAUCCUCCACCUCCGAAGGACCCUGAUGUUGACACCUGCCUAUCCGAGUUUCUUGGAAACGAGGUCGAUUUGUCACAAUUCUUCUCUCUCUUGUGGCAUCAAAAUGCUAAAGCCCGCAUUCUGCUGAUCGAAUCCGGUAAUGGCAAGCUGCUGGGCCGAGUUCUCAGAAGCCUGAGUUCCAAGAACGGUGAUGAUCGCGACCUGGUUGUAUCCGUUCCCACCCAGGAAGCGGCGGAUAGAGUCAGGGAGCGCUUUGCAAAUGCGACCGGCGUGGUAUUAAACAUCGUGGACGCCCUUCAGGGGCUCUCUCAAUCAACACACGAUCUUGUCAUUAUCGCCGAUGACGAGCUCAGCCAGGGCACAGGCCGCGCGGACUACCUCCACCAUAUUAGGAGCCUCCUACAGCCACGGGGAAGACUCUUGAUCCAGCAAGCAGAUCCUAGCUGCGCAAUAGCCGGUUAUCUCAGAGCGUUAGAUUAUGAUUAUUGGCCCAUAAAAACUUCAAAGGCCGAGGAGGCACACGAAGGUUUCAAGAACGUCUUGCAAAAGGCUGGUUUUGACGCAAACGAUGCGACAUUCUGGAGUAGCGCUUCCAGCAGCAUCAUACUCGCACGCCCAGCAACUAUACAAAGUCCCCGACCAAAAAGAAUAACAGUCCUCUGUCGCGACACUACACAUCCUCUCAUCUCUUCUUUGACUGGCUACCUGACAGAAAGUCAAGAUAUCAAGCCCUCCUUUCUCACCAUUGGCCAGGACAUACCCUCUGGUCAGCCGGUUCUGAGUCUGUUGGACCUCGAGAGCCCCUUUCUGCACGACAUAACACCCGACAUGUUUGUGUCGUUCAAGAAGUCUAUUUUGUCUAUGCAGGACGCUCCAAUGCUUUGGGUCACGGGCGCGUGCCAGGUCGAGUGCCAAAAGCCAAAUUAUGCCUUAACAGUUGGAGCCUUGCGUACCAUACGCAACGAGACAUCGGCUGACAUUGUCACACUGGAGUUGGAUAGUUUCGAUAAUACAGGGUGGGAGGCUGUUGCGGAUGUGCUUGGUACGCUUCCGCAUCGUAAUCUGGGGGGUGGAGCCACCAACCCAGAUUCAGAGUAUGCCUUCUCCGAGGGAAUUAUCAAGACCAGCAGGUUUCACACUGUCAAAGUGUCCGAGGAACUACUCGAACAGAACGCGUCUUGUGGGCUAAAGAGGUUGGUUGUUAGCAAGGCUGGGCCAAAGACAUCUGCUAGAUGGAAACGGGCUGAGGCAACCGAAGUAAGUGGCGACUUGGUGGAGAUUCACGUCAAAAUCACGAAGAUCUCGGGAGGCGAUAAUGCUGGGACCGACGGAAGCGGUGUCAUUAGCCGUGUUGGGCCCCGCGUGCAAGCUCUUCAAGCUGGCGAUAGAGUUGUCUUCUUCGGCAGCAACGCCUGCUCGACACAUGCAGUGCUUUCUGAGAAACAGUGUGUCAAGAUUCCGGGCACAAUCACGAACAAGGAUGCAGCUGUUCUCCCUUCAGCGCUCAUACAGGCAUUCUAUGCGCUAGACGAGGUCGCAAGGAUCAAAAAGGGCGAGUCUGUCUUGAUCACAAAUCCUUGCAGCAUCGCAGGGCUAGCUGCGAUAAAGCUGGCUAAAAUGGCCAGGGCUGAAGUGUAUUGCACGGUGGUGUCUCCAGAAGAGGCAGAUUACCUCGAGCAGUAUGGUGUGCCAAGGGGUAGGGUAGCUGACGUCAAGGCUACCAGUCUCGCCAAAUCGCUAGGCAGAGACUGCUUCGAUAUUGUGCUCAGUCUCGAAGGUGGUUCAAGUCCAGGAGAGGCCUGGAACCAUACUGCACCGUUCGGCAAGUGCAUCAACUUGAGUGAAAACCCAAGCGAGGCCAGCAAAGACAAGCAAUCAACAUUGCACAGCAACAACCGAGCCUACGUUAGCGUAGAUAUCAAGCAGCUGGUUCUGCAUCGCCCUGACGUUUGCCACAGGCAAGUCAUGCUCCUCACCAAGGCUCUUGAACUGCAAAAAGAAGGCCUCAUGCAAUCAACCAUCAAGGCUUUCGACGCAGCCGAUGCUGAAUAUUCUCUCGCCUAUGUGCAAGGUGGCCCAACCAAAACUUGGGAGGAAGUCGUGCUCAUGAUGCCCGACGAUACGGAUAAUACCGCACUAAAAGUAGCACCUAACAGACUCCAAACACGACUGCGCCCAGACAGAACUUACAUUUUCGUGGGCGGACUCGGCGGCCUGGGUCAAGCUAUUGCGCGGUUUCUCGUCGAGAAAGGUGCGCGGCACCUCAUCUUCUUCUCCCGGUCCGCCGAGGCAGCCGUCCAGCAGUACGCCGACUACAUCAACGAACUUGAGUACCAAGGCUGCACCGUCAAGACCAUAUCCGGCGACGUCAGCUUGAUGGAGGACGUGCGGCGCAUGCUCGCAGCCGUCAAUCAGUCGCACCCCGUCGCUGGCGUCCUUCACGCGGCCAUGGCCCUGCAGGACGUCAACCUGGCCGACAUGUCACACGCUCAAUGGCAGCGCUGCGUCCUGCCCAAGGUCCGCGGGGCGUGGAACCUGCACAACGCGCUGCAGCUGCCGACGGAGCCGCUCGACUUCUUCUUCCUGUUCGGCUCCGUCUCCGGCCUCGGCGGGCAGGUCGGGCAGGCCAACUACGCGGCGGCCAACGCCUUCCUCGACGCGUUUGCGCAGUACCGCCGCUCGCUGGGCCUACCCUGCUCGGUGCUCGACAUCGGCAUGAUGCGCGGCGUCGGGAUCCUGGCGCGGGAGACGUACCGGCUCGAGGCGAUGCGGGCGGAGUCGCUGCAUGCGCUGCACGAGCAGGAGCUGCUGGACGCGCUGGAGCUGAUGCUGGCGAGGUCUUAUGCGGAUGAUAGGUCCGAGCGAGGUGGGCGUUCCAUCGCGGACGGGUACGUGAGCAAGGGGCAGAUGGCGAUCGGGUUGAGGUUUGGCAGUACGCCCGCGCCAUCGAUGAGCCAAGCGGCGUGGCAGCGCGACCCGCGGACGCUGUUCCUCCAGACGGGUAAUGCCGGGCCUCAGAAUGGUCAGAGCGUUGCGGAUGAAGGGGGUGCAGCGAGCCUCAAAGAGUUCCUUCACAGUUGCAACUCGGACCCGUCGUUGCUCGAGACAGACAGAGCGGCAACGUACUUGGCACGGGAAAUUGCUGCAGCCCUGUCGGCUUUCAGGAUGCGGGACGGCGAGGAGCUGGAUCUCGAUGCGUCUAUGGAAACGGUCGGGGUCGACUCUCUGCUUAGCAUCGAGUUGCGCAACUGGUUCAAGCAGAAGGUAGGAGUACUCUUGAAGAUCCCCGAGAUUCGAGGCGCGGACAGUGUCAGAGGAUUGGGUGCGCUUGCUGCGAAGAGGAUUUCAGAACGCCUACAGAGUCGUUAA